GUAUCUAUUUGAGGAUUAUGCGGCUCUCAUUGAGGUUCAUGGUGGAGUGCCUCCGAUGACUUCCUUGACAAGAUCCUAUCUGUCAACACACUCCGUAACAUCCAUACUCCGACCUAAAACAGUAACCCUCAACCCCCAUACCAGAAAGCAAGCAUUUCCACUAGGACUCCAUAAUUUUUCUAGACGCACCAUGUCGUCUGCUGCGUCUCUUGAGCAAAAGCUCAAGGCUUUAGAGGAUUUCUCUGCUUGUGAUAUUUCAGAUGCGCUGGUGAAAUUACAAAAAGUACCUGUCGGCAGUCGAGUGCGAGCAGGUCAAUUGGUCGACAUCACACCAACAUCACCCUUCAUUGGCCGGCAAGCAAACAAACCCAAAAUCGUUGCCCCAGCAGUCACUUUCAAAUUCAUCCCGAAAGGGGACCUUGCUCCAAAAGUCUCAGAUCCUGAAUCGAAUGGAUUUCCACCUGGGAAGCAUUGGGUUGAUUGGAAUCAGCCCGGCACUAUUGCUGUUCUUGAUCAGCCGCCAGAACAGUAUUGUGCUGUUCUAGGUGGGAUUAUGGCAGCGAGGAUGUCUUAUAUCGGAGUCAAGGCUGUUGUGGUUAAUGGAAGGGUGAGGGAUUUGGCUGAAUUGAGUGCGUCGGGGUUACAUGUAUGGUCGAAAGCAACGUCUACAGUAGGUACCGGAGCGGAGGCCAAAGCAGGUUUACGGAAUGUUCCCGUUGAUAUUAACGGCGUGACUGUUGAUACUGGAGACAUUGUCUUUUGUGACCCGCUGGAAGGCGUCGUGGUGAUACCGAAGGACCUACUUGAUGAUGUCCUGGACCUAUGUCCAAAACUCAUAGCUCAGGACAACAAGGUCAAGGCAGAUGUGGAAAAGGGCAUGUCAGUAUAUGAGGCGAUGCAAAAGCAUCGUACUGUUCUAUGAAUCCUCGUAAGGCGAGGGCAUAUAAGCAGAUAACAAUUGCAUAACGUUGAUACUGAAGCGCCGAUGGCUGCCCUGGAGGAUUCCUCUCUGUUUAUGAGCCGAAUGUAUAUAAUUUACAGUCCUAAGCCACAUAUAAGGGCAA